CUUAAAAUGGAACCCAAAAUUGUCAUUAUAUUAUUUCUUACAACAACACUAAUUAUAUCAACAUCCCAAUUAGUCUCAUCCAUCACCACCAUUGCUCAACAAAACACAUAUUCCACAUUUGUCAAAACCUCAUGCAGCUCCUCUACUUACCCAUCCGUGUGCCUAAAGACUCUCCUUCCUUACGCCACGGCGGUCAAGUCAAACCCGCUUAAACUCGUCAACGCGGCUCUCUCAACCACCCUCAGAUCCUCCAAUGCCACCCUAGCUAAAAUAUCACAAUUGUCGAAAACUAAAGGGAUCACCAAAUGGGAAGCAGCUGUCCUUAAAGAUUGCAUUGGGGAUAUUAAAGAUUCAAUGGAUGAAAUCAAAGACACUCUUAAGGUAAUGUCGGGUAUUUCUAAAUCUAACGACAAGCGUUUCAUGAUCUCUAACGCGCAGACGUGGAUAAGCGCGGCUAUCACUGAUGAGAAUUCGUGCCUUGAUGGAUUUUCGGACCGGAAAAUGAACCCGGUUGUUAAAAAGAAAAUAAGGAACAGCAUUGUGAGUCUUGCUAGAGUUUGCAGUAAUGCUUUGUAUCUCAUCAACCAUCUUUCAGUUUGAGGCGGUUUAAUUUUUAUUUAAAAAAUGAAAUUUGAUUU